AUGGUGUACUGUGUACUUAUCGCUUGUUUAGAACCCUUUGCAAACGGUUGGGUCUCAGGUUCAUCCAACGUACCUGGUACAGUCACUCACGUUUGUGAGCACGGUAUGGCUCAUGUUGCUUCAAAAGGUCUUCCUGAUUGUUUGCCCAUGACCACCGCCCUUUGGGGUUUUGCUGUCUCCUCUUUCUGUGUAGGUGGUCUGAUUUCUGCUCUUUUCGGUGGUAAUCUCCAAGAGAAACUGGGUCGUCGUUUAACCAUUAUCGUCAAUAACUUUGGCUUCAUCAUUGGUUCCUUGCUUUGCUGUGUGGCUGUCCAUCAAGCCAUGUUUAUCAUCGGUCGUAUCCUCUGUGGUAUCUCCUGUGGUCUCGGUUCUCUUGUGGUGCCUACUUACAUUGGUGAAGUGUCUACUAUCAAGGGCCGUGGUACGAUGGGUACAUGCAAUCAAUUCUUGAUUGUCAUUGGUCUUCUUUUGGCGUCUGCUAUCGGUCUCCCUCUUGCCAAGGUCCCUCUCUGGCGUAUCAAUUAUGCUAUCACUGCUUUCCCUGCUAUCGCUCAAGUCUUCUUGAUGGCUACGUGUGCUGAGUCUCCUCGUUGGUUAGUCAGCAAGAGCCGUUUUGAAGAAGCUCGUGCUACUCUUCAAAAGCUCCGUGGCAACUGUAACAUUGAACAAGAAUUCUACGAUAUGGUCGAAGGUAUCCAUGGCGCUGAAGUCGCUGGCACUGUCUCCAAUGGCCACUCUCGUCGCGAAGGCAUGGACAUGAUCGACUCCAAGGAGGGCGCUGAAAUCAACGACACCACCGAUGUGGAACUCAAGGCUGCCGGUGAGGACGUUGCUGACAAAGAAAACAUGAGCAUGUUGCAAGUGAUGAAGGACCCUGUCAUGCGUCGUAUUGGUUUCACUGUCUUUGUCCAUCACAUUAUCCAACAAUUGUCGGGUAUGAACGCUGUCAUGUACUACUCUACCAAUAUUUUCUUGCUCGCUUUCAAUAACUCUCAAUCCAUGGCUCAGCUGAUGGCUAUCAUCACCACCAUUGUUAACUUUGUCGCUACAAUCGUCACUGUCAUCGUCAUUGAUCGUUUCGGUCGUCGUCCUUUGUUGCUCAUUGCCGAAGCCGGUACUUGUAUCUUCUCUGUCCUUUUGGUCAUCGGUUACAAAGUCAACUCUCCGGGUCUUUUGAUCGCCUCUGUCUUUUUGUACGUCGCUUCUUUCGCCCUUGGUAUUGGUCCUAUUCCUUGGAUGAUUACCUCUGAAAUGACACCCACCCACGCUGCCUCCGCCGUCGGUGCUGCUUCUACCUGUAUCAAUUGGUGUAUGAAUUUCGUCAUUGGUCAAAUCUUCCCUGUCAUCUUUGCUGCCAUCGAAGGCUGGUCCUUUUUGAUUUUCGCCGUCAUUUGUCUUUUAUCCUUCUUGUUUACCUUUUUCUUCCUCCCUGAAACCAAGGGUCGCUCCAUUGAAAGCAUUGCUAGAGGCUACGAAAAGUAUAGAAAAUAA